AUGACCAGCGCAGUCUCUGCCAGCGCCGCCACACCCUCGCUCGCCAGCAAUCCCAGCACGCCUUCGUCGCAGUCAGGAGCGCUGCCGGCACAGCGUCCUGUGAGCUCGGCUCCAGCUUUCAAGACGGCUUCACCAACGACCGGGGCGCAGGCCCAACAUGCAAAAUCCGCAUCCAACCAACUGAACGGUGGCUCGGCGCAGCCAGCGAAUAACAUGAACGGCCACGACCGGAAAUCGUCCGUCGUCAUCAGCGCUUCGGGCACCUCUGGAAACUAUCCAAAUGGCGGCCCUGUGCAGAAUGGCGGCAGCAGACCGGCCAUCAGCUUCGGCUCAAUGAGCACCUCAGGCGCAGAGCCCCAGGGCAAUGCACCAUUUCAGUCACAGAACGCCUCACUGCCGGCUCCAGCUGGAGACCCGCGCGUGACAUCGCCUGCACAUUCACCAUCACCCAUUCCACAGCCACCUGCGAGUGGAGGCCGCCCGCCUUCAAUCAGUGGACAGAACAACGGCUUGGCCUUUGGUUCUCUCCCCGCUGACAACGACAUCAUGCGCGGCCAAGUUCCCCAACAGCCGAACAUGGGAGCUCUGCCGAUGCACGAACGCCGACCUUCCUCUCAAUCUAUGCAAUCCGAACUCAGCAACCCUGGCGUCAACAUGGCUCGUCCUCCUUUCGGCCAACAAGGCGCAGGUCGAGGUCGAGGCUAUCCGAAUGCGCAGCCGCAAUUCAUGGGCUCACCAGGACCUGGCUAUCGCCCCAUGCCCGGUUCGCAAGGUCGGCCCAACAUGCCGUCUCAGUUCCAGCAACAAGGCGGUCCACCUGGCUCACCCUUCCAGCGAGGAGCUCGUGCAAGUCCUGUUCCAGGCAACGCACAGCCGCACAUGCAACACAUGGGCGGCAAUCAGAUGCACUACCCGGGAUUCCCACAGCACCUGAACCCCACGCACAAUGGAAUGUACGGCAUGCCCAACUUCGACCCCAGCGCUGGGUACUACCAGCCAUACUACUACCCAGGCUAUGGCGCACAGCCGCCACCGAGCCCACGUCCUCAAUACCCAAGCCCGUUCCAAGGCCCACCUGGCCCUGGCAUGCAAGCUCCUUUCCAUCCACCAGGCACGCCUGCUGGCAUGGUACGCUCAUCCUCACAGGCAUCCGAACGCCCACCCUCGAGUCUGGGUCACCCUCAGACCCCCGCGCAGAACGCCCCAGCUCCUUCGCAGACCCCACUCAGCAACCAGCAAGCACCAUCGGCUGCUUCAAGUAGCUUUGUGAAGCCUGCACGGAAGAGCAAUGCGAUCAAGAUUACUGACGCUCAGGGUAACGCUAUCAACUUCAACAAGUCUUCCCCGGCACCCACCUCGCAAGCCCAGCCGCAAACUCCUGUCAUCGUUUCUACGCCAAACGCGCCGACUCCACCUCCUCGUGCGCCAAGCACCCAGCACAACCGCACCGAGAGCAAGACUACCAAGUCAUCAGAGGAGACGAAGAAUGCAUUUGCAGAACAGGUAAGAAAGCAAGCGGAAGAGAGCAAGCGGAAGGAGGCAGAGGCGAAGGAGAAGGCGGAAGCGGGCGACAAGGCGAAGGAGAGCGCAGAGCAGGAAGCAGAGGUCAAGAAGGCCGCUGCAGAAGCAGAGCAAGCAGCUGCAAAGGCUGCCGCUGACAAGCAGGGCGAAGAGGAUGCCGCCGCCGCGGCGAAGAAGGCCGUCGAAGACGAUGAAGCCGAGAAGAAGCGGAAAGAGGACGAGGAACUCGAACGCGAGAUCGCCGAGAUGGAGGCCAGAGAGAAAGAAGAGGAAGAGCGCGAGAAGGCUUUCCAGGAGAAGCGGGCCAAGGAGAAGGAAGCCGCUAAAGCAAAGGAGGCCGAACGUGCUGCAAAUGCAGACGAAGAGCUCAAGCGACAGGAGCGUGAAGCUGAGGAGCGCGAGGCAGCACGUGAGCGUGAGCGGGAGGCCGAAGCAGCAGAGAAGAGCAAGGCGGAACCCGAUGAGGAGUCCAAGAGUCUCUUCGCAUCCCUCAAGAAGCCGACAUUGGGCCCUGGUGCAUCUGCUCCAGCCAGCGGCACCGAGACGCCUACAUCAGAAGACACGCCCGCCGAGUCCAACACCGAUGCAGAGACGUCUGCUCCCGCAGCAUCUCGUGGUGCUCAGAAGCCGAAGCCCGCUCAUCUCAAGCUCGAGACCAACAAGCCAGUCGAGCGUGCAGAGCCAACGCCAGGUAUGCAGGCACUCAAGUCUGCUCGCGUGCUUGAGAUCCAAGACGAUGUCAAGUACCCCGAGGGCUUCAAGUCACCGAACCCAGCUCUCAAUCAAAGCGGUUCUCGCAAGGGCAAAGCCUACGACAAGGACUUUUUGCUGCAGUUCCAGAAGGUCUUUAAGGAGAAACCCUCUGUUGACUGGGACCAGAAGGUCAAGGAGACUCUUGGCCCCAGCGACGAGCCCGGCUCUGCUCGUCCGCCCGGCUCAGCACGCACUCCAUCUGGUAUGGGACCUCGACAGAACUCCCGUGCUGGAGGUGGCCCUGCCAUGGGCAACUUCGGUGGCUCGAUGGGCAACUUUGGUGGUCCGAUGGGCCCGCGCACCUUGCCUCCUGGCACAACCUCACAGGAGCGCUUCAUGGCCUCGCAAAUGGGCGGUGGUAUGCCAUCGCGAGGCGGUGCCUCAGGCAUGACUCGUGCGCCAAGCAAUCUCGGCAUGGGUGCCCCCGGCGCCGGCAUGUCCCGUACAAACAGCGGAUUGAUGAUGGGCGGCAUGGGCGGACCUGGUUCACCACGACAACCAAGUUCGCGUGGUGGCAAGGGUGGCAGCAAGCGUGACGGCCGCGCACCAAGCAAGCGUGAAGAAGCAGACAUGGCCAACAAGAUGCCUCUCACCGCACACAUGGAGAUCACGCCGCUCGAGAAGUCGCAGAGUGGUUGGAAACCAACCAGCAUCGGCCAGCCCAUGAACGCCGGCGGUCCAGAUCCAUCCGGCAACAUGGCGCCUGACUUGGUGCAGCGCAAGGUCAAGGCCGCGCUCAACAAGAUGACGCCAGAGAAGUUCGACAAGAUCUCCGACCAGAUCCUCGAAAUCGCCGCGCAGUCCAAGAACGAGACCGACGGUCGCACCUUGCGACAAGUCAUCCAGCUCACCUUCGAGAAGGCUUGCGACGAAGCUCACUGGGCCGGCAUGUACGCCAAGUUCUGCCACAAGAUGCUCACCACCAUGAGCACGGAGAUCCGCGACGAGACGAUUAAGGAUAAGGCGGGCAAUCCAGUUGUUGGCGGUGCUCUUUUCCGCAAGUACCUACUCAACCGCUGUCAGGAAGAGUUCGAGCGUGGAUGGCAAGCCAAUCUGCCAGACAAGCCCGAGGGCGAGACUCAAGAAGCAGCAUUGCUCUCAGAUGAGUACUACGUGGCUGCUGCUGCCAAGCGUCGUGGCCUGGGUCUGAUCCAAUUCAUCGGUCAGCUCUACAAGCUUCGCAUGCUGACGCUCCGCAUCAUGCACGAGUGUGUCCUGCGUUUGCUCAACUUCGAAGGCGACCCAGACGAAGCUGCCAUCGAGAACUUGACCACUCUGCUCAAGGCUGUCGGUGCAACCAUGGAGGAGGAUCCACAGGGCAAGGGUCUCAUCGACACCUACUUCCAGCGCAUCGACGACGUCAUCCUCAAGAGCGACGCACUUCCCAGCAGACCGAGAUUCAUGAUCAUGGACUUGCUCGAUCUGCGGAAAGCUGGCUGGAGAGGCAAGGACGAUGCCAAGGGUCCCAAGACUAUCCAGCAGAUUCACGCCGAAGCUGAAGCAGCGGCGGCUAAGCAAGAGGCGGAGCGACAGCGCACCUCGCGUGGUGGUCCGGGUGGUGGGCGUAUGCCUGCCGGUCGCGGCGACGCACGCAACUUCUCUGGUGGCAUGCCGCCACCAGUCGACUACAACAAGACCACUGUCGGUAUGGACGACCUGCGUAGACUGCAGCAACGUGGUGCAGCUCGCACCACCGGCAGUCUCGGCCCAGGUGGCGGUCUUGGUCCAUCUUCGCUGGGUCCACGUGCUGGCAGCAGACGUGGUGCUGGCAAUCUUGGCCCAUCAGGAUCUGGCAACACGACCAGAACCAACACACCACCGGUUGAUGGCAAGAAGGACGAGCCUACGCAGCAGAACGCAUUCAGUGCACUGGCAGCGCUCGACCCAUCUGGCGAACAACCCGACGAAACCCCCUCCGAAGCAGCCUCGCCGCCAGCUGCGCGGAACCGGUCAAAGUCACCGCUGGCGGCAGAGAAGGACGAGUCUAACGCAUGA